UCAGUGGAGGAAAACUGAUUGUCUGGUGUUGGCUUUUUAUGGGUCUCAGAGUUACAGUUAUUCAUCUCACCGUGUUCCUUUGACACGCCGAUAAAGUCCUCCGAUAUGUCCGACGGUCCCGGCCUGUCCUCGGCGGAGGUAGAUCUGGGCUUCCUGGAGGACGCGGAGCCGUGGCGGCUUCUGUCCCCGCAGUUCCCCAGUAAAGUCGGGGGGAAACCGGCGUGGCUCAGCCAGACAGGCCCGCCCUCGCUGCCCGGGCUGGAGUGUGAGAUAUGCCGCCUGCCCAUGGCCUUCCUGCUGCAGGUGUACGCACCAAUUUCUGGCCAGGACAGAAGUUUCCACAGAACGCUGUUUCUGUUCUGCUGUAAAACUCAUGAGUGCUACACAUGCAACGACAGCCGCUGUAUGAAAGUUUUCAGAAGCCAGCUACCGAGGAGAAAUGAGUUCUACCCCUACAAUCCUCCACCAGAGGAUAAACCCCCCAGCGAUCCUGAACCCGACCAGAGUGUGUUGCCCGUCUCUGGAAUCAAACUGUGCUGGGUGUGUGGUUGUCCCGGCAACAAAGCCUGCUCCCGCUGUCACACUGUGAGCUACUGUGGAAAACACCACCAGACCCUCCACUGGAAACACGCACACAAGAGGGAGUGUGGCAGUCAAGAAGUGACCGUUGUCACAACUUCGACCUUCCUCUUCCCUGAGUCUGAGUUGGUCACUGAACCUGAGGAGAAAGUAGACACAAAAGAGGCUGAAGAAGAAGAAGAAGAAGAAGAGAAAGGGGGUGAAGAUUGUCCCUCUUCAGCAGACACUCUUGCAGAGGCGGACCUGGAGGAGAUGGCUACGCACGAGACUGAAGAUAACAAAGUGUUCCAGCGGUUUAAAAAGAGGAUCUCACCAGAACCGAACCAGGUGGUGCGUUACAGUCGAGGGGGAUCCCCCUUGUGGGUCUCUUCCCAGCACAUCCCUUUAGACCAGGAUAUCCCAGCAUGCACCUGUGGCGCCAAGAGGACUUUUGAGUUUCAGGUGAUGCCACAGCUGUUAAACAGUCUGUGUGUGGACUCGACAGGAGCCAGUAUCGACUGGGGCACGCUGGCUGUCUACACCUGCUCUACCAGCUGUAACCAUGACGACCAGUACUGCCCCGAGUUCGUCUGGAAACAGGACUUCAGCUCAGAUCACACACAGAUCAAACCCACAUAAUGUCCUCCUGCUGCUGGACAGAGUUCAGGACACACCGAUGCACGUUAAAAGCUCCGCAGUGAGGGAACUGGUUUUCACUAUUGUGGUGAUGUCACUCCCCAUUUAAUAGAACGGACAUAUGUGGCUGCUCGUCUAACAGAUCAGUGUGUAACUAAGCUGACCGAGAGAGGAAUUUCAUCUUUCUAAGACUAUCAAGGACAAUGAAGAUGUUUUUGGAGGGCAGAAAUUCACCAUCUGUAUUAAUUGUUCUAUUAAAAGUUUAGACAGGAAUUUAAGUUCUAGUUUCUAAUCACUUCCAAAUAUUUCCUGUUUAUACUUUUAAAUUCUGUCUGUAAAGAACAAUGUCUCAGUGGUAUUUCUGACCUAUGUGGGUUAUGUCCAUUUUCAGUGCUACAUACAAUUUAAACAUUAGGUUUAUUGAAGCAAAUAGUCAGCAAAACAAAUAAAAUAUCACGUGCCUGUGUCUGAACAAGCAUUCAUCUGCUCAAUAGCAUUUUCCUGUGGGUUCGAGACAGAAAAUGUUAAAAUAUUAGCAAAAUAGUCAAUUAUAUCUUCAGAUUUUACUUAUUAUCUUAACAUUUAAUCUCAUUGGUCACAAAAAGUUUCCAGCUAAAAAGGCGCUAUAAAUGUUACUGAAUGAUU